AUGAGCUACACGCUGGACUCGCUGGGCAACCCGUCCGCCUACCGGCGGGUAACCGACACCCGCCCGAGCUUCAGCCGCGUCACCGGCUCCCCGUCCAGCGGCUUCCGCUCGCAGUCAUGGUCCCGCGGCUCGCCCAGCACCGUGUCCUCCUCCUACAAGCGCAGCGCGCUGACCCCGCGCCUCACCUACAGCACGGCCAUGCUCAGCUCCGCCGAGAGCAGCCUCGACUUCAGCCAGUCUUCGUCCCUGCUUAACGGCGGCUCUGGGCCGGGCGGCGACUACAAGCUGUCCCGCUCCAAUGAGAAGGAGCAGCUGCAGGGGCUGAACGACCGCUUCGCGGGCUACAUCGAGAAAGUGCACUACCUGGAGCAGCAGAACAAGGAGAUCGAGGCGGAGAUCCAGGCGCUACGGCAGAAGCAGGCCUCGCACGCCCAGCUGGGCGACGCGUACGACCAGGAGAUCCGCGAGCUGCGCGCCACCCUGGAGCUGGUGAACCACGAGAAGGCUCAGGUACAGCUGGACUCGGACCACCUGGAAGAGGACAUCCACCGGCUCAAGGAGCGCUUCGAGGAAGAGGCACGGCUGCGCGACGACACCGAGGCGGCCAUCCGCGCGCUGCGCAAAGACAUCGAAGAGUCGUCGCUGGUCAAGGUGGAGCUGGACAAGAAGGUGCAGUCGCUGCAGGAUGAGGUGGCUUUCCUGCGGAGCAAUCACGAGGAAGAGGUGGCCGACCUGCUGGCCCAGAUCCAGGCGUCACACAUCACCGUGGAGCGCAAAGACUACCUGAAGACAGACAUCUCGUCGGCGCUGAAGGAGAUCCGCUCCCAGCUCGAAUGCCACUCGGACCAGAACAUGCACCAGGCCGAAGAAUGGUUUAAGUGCCGCUACGCCAAGCUCACCGAGGCUGCCGAGCAGAACAAGGAGGCCAUCCGUUCCGCCAAGGAAGAGAUCGCCGAGUACCGGCGCCAACUGCAGUCCAAGAGCAUCGAGCUCGAGUCGGUGCGCGGCACCAAGGAAUCCCUGGAGCGGCAGCUCAGCGACAUCGAGGAGCGGCACAACCACGACCUUAGCAGCUACCAGGACACCAUCCAGCAGUUGGAAAAUGAGCUUCGGGGCACAAAGUGGGAAAUGGCUCGUCAUUUGAGAGAAUACCAGGAUCUCCUCAACGUCAAGAUGGCUCUAGAUAUCGAGAUCGCUGCAUACAGGAAACUCCUGGAGGGUGAAGAGACCAGAUUUAGCACAUUUGCAGGAAGCAUCACUGGGCCGCUGUAUACACACCGACAGCCCUCCAUCACAAUAUCCAGUAAGAUUCAGAAAACCAAGGUAGAGGCUCCCAAGCUAAAGGUCCAACACAAAUUUGUCGAGGAGAUCAUAGAGGAAACCAAGGUGGAAGAUGAGAAAUCAGAAAUGGAAGAAGCCCUGACGGCCAUUGCAGAGGAAUUGACAGUCUCCAUGAAAGAAGAGGGCAAGGAAGAAGAGCCUGAAGAAAAGAAAGAGAAAAAAGAAGCCGAAGAAGAAGUUGUAGCUGCCAAGAAGUCUCCAGUGAAAGCUACUGCACCUGAACUUAAAGGAGAGGAGGAAGAGGGCAAAGAGGAAGAGGAAGAAGAGGAGGGCGCUAAAUCAGACCAAGCUGAGGAAGGAGGAUCUGAGAAGGAGGUUUCUAGUGAAAAAGAGGAAGGUGAGCAGGAAGAGGAAGGAGAAACGGAGGCUGAAGGUGAAGGAGAGGAAGCCGCCGAAGCUAAGGAGGAAAAGAAAAUGGAGGAAAAGGGUGAAGAAGUGGCCCCCAAGGAGGAGCUCGUGGCAGAAGCCAAGGUGGAGAAGCCGGAGCAAGCCAAGUCCCCGGUGGCAAAGUCACCAGUGGAAGAGGUGAAGCCCAAAGCAGAAGCUGGAGCCGAGAAAGGAGAACAGAAAGAGGAGGAAGGGAAAGUGGAGGAAGAAAAGAAGGAAGAAGCAAAGGAAGCUCCCAAGGAAGAGAAGGGAGAGAAAAAGGAGGAGAAGCCAAAGGAUGUGCCAGAGAAGAAGAAGGCUGAAUCCCCAGUGAAGGAGGAAGUCGUGGAGGAGGUGGUCGCCAAAUCAGUAAAGGUGAGCUUGGAGAAGGAUGCCAAGGAGGAGGAAAAGCCACAGAAGCAGAAGGAGAAAGAGAAGGAGAAGGAGAAAGCGGAAGAGGUGGGGAAGAAGGAGGAGGGAGGUUUGAAGGAGUCCAGGAAGGAAGACAUAGCCAUCAAUGGGGAGGUGGAAGGAAAAGACGAGAAAGAGCAGGAAACUAAGGAGAAGGGCAGUGGGGGAGAAGAGAAGAAAGGGGUUGUCACCAAUGGGCUAGACGUGAGCCCAGCAGCUGAAAAGAAGGGUGGUGAUAAAGGUGAGGAGAAAGGGGUGGUGACCAAAAUGGUAGGAAAAACCACCAGUGAGGGGGGAGAUGGUGCUACCAAGUAUAUCACCAAAUCUGUAACCGUCACUCAAAAGGUCGAAGAGCAUGAAGAGACCUUUGAGGAGAAAUUAGUGUCUACUAAAAAGGUAGAGAAGGUCACUUCACACGCCGUAGUAAAGGAAGUCACCCAGAGUGACUAA